UGCUAUUACUCAGACACUAAGCUGAGCCAUUGGGAAAAUGUGGCAAAACCUGUUUCUGAAUUAUUGCUGCCAAAUAAUGACAUGACUGAAAACAAGAUAACACUGGAAAUUACUGACUGACUUGUGGCACUGCAGUAUGAUUUCUGGAACUUCUCCAGCUGCCAGUGAGGAAACAGAUUAUUGCUGGGACAUCUGGAUAGCAGCAGAAGGUGACUCAGUCUUCCAGUCCCAACACAUAAACAUGCUACUGAAAGAGCAACUUCAAAGUCUAUGUAAGGAAGGGAACAACAUCAAAACUAGCAUUGGAGAUGUAGAAAAAGCCAUGAGCAGCAUGGAAGCCGAGCUCAGCAGAAUAAAACAGGCAGAAACCAUGAAAACGCUUUUAGAAGCAGAGAUCCAAACAGCCAAGAAAACUCUGGAGGAGGAGCAAGAGUCAGCCUCACAAAAGGAACUUUACCUCAGGAAACUGGAAAAGGACAAUGAAGAUUUACAUUUGAGGCUUCUCAUGCUAUCGGACGAGAACUCAUCAUUGACCGUGUCGAGAAGAGCCAGCCAGCGCAGCCACAUGCAGCUUUGGGCUGAUGUCCACAAACUAGGGAAAAAGCUACAGGAAUGCAAACUGGCUUCUGGUGUCGAAGAUGAGAUUUUCAGAAAGAUGAAACACCAGGCCCGAGAAUUGGAGGAAUCCAUAAAAGAAUAUGAGGCAGUAAUCCAGGUUCUUCAGAAUAAAGAGAAGUCUCUUCAGGACCAGCUCUCAGCUGCUGAGGAGAAGGCUCGAACUCUCCCAAGGACACCCAGUAACAUCCUGAACAUCAACCCAAAGAGUCUGAUGUUUGAAAUAGUCAAAGCUGAGUUGGAAGACAAAAUACGAGGAAAAGAAAAGAACCAAAUGAAGCACAUUUUUGGUGGUAGGCUGAGCCCCAAGUGGAUUCUGGUUCUGCUGUGGCAGCUCACUGGUGUGCUGCUGGCCAUCCUUCUGGCUGCCACCCUCGUCACUCUCUUUGUCCUCUACACCUGCUUCUCAGAUCACACAGUGACAGAGGCCUAUCACCAACCACCGUGGCAGUUUCUGGACUAUUACCUCUGGCCUUAUAUGAAGCUGCACAGUUCUGGCAUGUUACCCAAGUAAUCCCCGGGCUUUGCAGAAGCUAUUGACCAGUGCAAGCGUAUUCGCAGCAAAGCCUUGUCACUCUACAACCUCCAGGCAUAUUUCCCCCAGAUGGUUUGUGAUCUGCAACGCCCAGAGCUCUAAUUUUACACUGUCCAUUCCGCAGUAGUGACGCACACAAGCAAUUCAAAUGUCAAACUCCUGGGGCCCUGGGGGUCACCUACACAUUCAGUUGUUUAGUGAAUCACUAGGGUAGCAAGAAGCUGUCAUGUUAGGCCAACACUGUGCUAGAUAAAAGCUAGAAUAGAAUGUUCAUUAAAAUAUAUCAUCUAUUCCUAUACAUGCCCCCAUAUUAUUCUACGAAUGUAACCUGUAAGCUCGGCAGACAGUACUGAUGUUCAUUGAGAAAAGACAGACGUUAGCCACAUUCCUCUCUGGUGUAACUCCACUGGUUUCAGGGGCUGCAUUCAGAGCAUUGUAUUUUGUUGCAGAAUGAACUGGAAAUUCUGGGCCCAAUCCUCAAGUCUGGCCAAGCUAGGA